AAGUGACAAACGGCGGCCUUUCGGAGAUCUCAAGAGUCCUGCCUGCCCCUCGAUGUUUCCAAAGUUGUCUCAACUCUUAAGGUGGUCUUAACCCUCUUCCCUUCCUUUCCUCUGCAACUCCCCAUACUCCUUUUUCCUGCACAAUAAUUCCCUUUCUUUUUUCCUCAUUGAUUUGCAGAUAAAAGAGGGAGCUUGUGUAGUAAUAAAGGUGUUAAAUUUGACCCAGAAAGAUAAAAAAUGGCGACCCUUUAUGCAACACAUUGUGGUUCGCAUUCUAAAGGGUAUGCAUAUUCUUCAUUUUCACCAAUAAAUGGGGUCCAGAAUCAGCGGUUGGCCUUCUCUUCUUCUUUUCCAUGGCGUGAUGUCUCUGCUAAAGCUAACGUUGUUCUUCAAUCUCGGAGAAAUUCCCAUCAAAAGGCUGUUCUUAUGCAAGAUGGUGCUGUGGCCACAACAGUGACCCCCAUUAAAAAUGAGACAACUUUGAAGAAAUCAAAUGAUGCAUCAAUGUCAAUUCCAUCUUUGGAGGAAUAUAAAGAUUUUGCAGGGCUGGAUGUCAAUGGAAAUGAACCAACUGUAAGUAUUACUGUGGUUGGAGCUUCUGGGGACCUUGCCAAGAAGAAGAUAUUUCCUGCACUGUUUGCACUUUAUUAUGAGGACUGUCUCCCUAAGCACUUCACUAUUUAUGGUUAUGCUAGGAGCAAGAUGACUGAUGCUGAACUUAGAAACAUGGUUAGCAGGACCCUUACCUGUAGAAUUGAUAAGAGGGAAAACUGUGAUGAAAAGAUGGAACAGUUUCUUAAAAGAUGUUUCUACCAUUCUGGUCGGUAUGAUUCUGAAGAGAACUUUGCACAGCUAGACAAGAAGCUCAGAGAGCAUGAGGGUGAGAGGGUCUCUAAUCGCCUCUUUUAUCUGUCCAUCCCUCCAAAUAUAUUUAUUGAUGCCGUAAGAUGUGCAAGCUCAUCAGCUUCCUCUGCUAAUGGCUGGACCCGAGUCAUUGUCGAGAAACCUUUUGGUAGAGAUUCUGAAUCCUCUUCUGCUUUAACAAAAGCCUUGAAGCAGUACCUGGAGGAGGAUCAAAUAUUUAGGAUAGACCACUACUUGGGAAAGGAGCUUGUGGAAAACCUAUCUGUUCUUCGUUUCUCGAAUCUCAUCUUUGAGCCCUUAUGGUCAAGGCAGUAUAUCAGGAAUGUACAGUUCAUAUUUUCUGAAGAUUUUGGCACUGAAGGACGUGGAGGGUAUUUUGACCAUUAUGGUAUAAUUAGAGAUAUAAUGCAGAACCAUCUGCUUCAAAUGCUAGCUCUUUUUGCAAUGGAAACUCCAGUCAGUUUGGAUGCUGAAGAUAUCAGAAAUGAAAAGGUCAAAGUUUUGCGUUCAAUGAGACCUUUGCAGCUUGAAGAUGUGGCUCUAGGGCAGUACAAGAACCACACAAAAGGAGGAGUUACUUACCCUGCCUACACUGAUGAUAAGACAGUGCCUAAAGACAGCUUGACUCCUACUUUUGCUGCAGCUGCUCUCUUCAUAGACAAUGCAAGAUGGGAUGGUGUGCCAUUCCUAAUGAAAGCUGGCAAAGCAUUACAUACUAAGAGGGCAGAGAUAAGGGUACAGUUCAGGCACGUGCCUGGUAACUUAUACAACAGAAACUUUGGAACCGAUCUUGAUCAAGCUACAAAUGAGCUUGUUAUAAGAGUUCAACCAGAUGAAGCUAUAUAUUUGAAGAUUAACAACAAGGUCCCUGGUUUGGGAAUGAGAUUGGACCGUAGUAACCUAAACCUUCAUUAUGCAGCAAGAUAUUCAAAAGAGAUUCCAGAUGCAUAUGAGAGACUUCUGCUGGAUGCAAUUGAAGGUGAGAGGCGGCUGUUCAUCCGAAGUGAUGAACUGGAUGCUGCCUGGGCACUUUUCACUCCUGUUCUGAAAGAAUUGGAAGAGAAGAAGAUUGUGCCUGAGUACUAUCCUUAUGGUGGCCGUGGCCCCGUCGGAGCUCACUAUCUAGCAGCCAAAUACAAGGUCCGGUGGGGUGAUCUCACUGUAGACCAAUAACUAGGAAAGCCUUCGAAAAGAAUGUUACUUGUAUUAGUGUACUCUGCAGUGUAUCUAAAUAAUUGUGAGCCGGUAUUUUGUUUAUAUCACUUUUAAGUCGUUUAGCUUUUGUCUGAGUGGAACCUUUUCUGUUUUACAAGAAAAAGAAAAAUGGUUGGCUAACUAGAGCUUGCCAUGUCGAUGCAAAAAAAUAUAGAGCAAAAUGAUUCACAAACAACUUUACCUUGUAACAGUUUCAUAUUUCUAAUGUGACAGUUAUAAACUUAUAAUUAUCUA